AUGCCGUCGUCAGCCGACUAUCUACAUCCUUCGGAAAACGCGCCAGACGACUUCUCAGACUCGGACGAUGAUUUGGAUCUGGAGGAGCUUGACCCGGACACAGCACAACCUCAUACAUCCCGCGAGUCUCGAGACUAUACUGGCCGCAAACGAAGUUAUGGACCAGGUAUUGCUCUGCGGAACUUGCGUGUCGGGGUGGGAAGCCGGUGGAGACGCAGCGCGUCUGGGCAGGGAGAUUUUGAGGAAGACACGGACGCCUUGCUAGAGAACCGCGAAGAGGAGGGCUUAAGGGGCUCACAUGCGAGCUCGAGAAAUCUAACAGAAGAUGAUGCACCCCUUUUGGACCGGAGAAGCUCAACCCGUAUCUUCAAUGACGACGAAACCCCCAAGAAGGGCGGCUUCCUGGGCUUCUCCGGUUUUAAGACACCUGGCUUCCUUCAGGGAAAAUCCGUUAAGCUUGGAUCGAACACGAACGACUUGUCAAAUCAACCUCCCCGUGAAGUGCUUGUUGGGCAAUACCAAGCUGCCAAAUACCCCGCAAACGUCGUCUCCAACGCCAAAUAUACCCCCUGGAGUUUCCUACCACGAACCCUCUACAACGAAUUCUCCUUCUUCUUUAACAUAUAUUUCCUCCUGGUGGCCCUGUCUCAGGUUAUUCCAGUUCUGCGAAUUGGUUACAUGUCUUCUUAUAUUGCUCCUUUGGCCUUUGUGGUGUCAAUAUCACUGGGUAAAGAGGCACUUGAUGACAUUGGACGGCGUCGAAGAGAUGCCGAGGCUAAUGCCGAAGAAUAUUGCACCGUUUCGCUUGGGAGAUCCAACCCAAUGGAAGUCACAAAAAAGUCUCGUGACCUGAAAGUUGGCGAUGUACUCAAAGUUCGGAAGAACCAACGCUUGCCUGCCGAUGUGGUGAUUCUGAAGAGCGUCUCGAAUGACUCUGGUACUCCGCGCCAAUCUCUAUCAGCAGAACCCAUGCCCGAAGCGUCGACGGACUUGCUUGAAUCUGACCAGGGGCCAUCUGAGCCAGCCCCCAACGCUGCGGACAACUCGUCUGCUGGUGAUACUUUUAUCCGUACUGAUCAGUUGGAUGGUGAAACCGAUUGGAAGCUUCGACUACCUUCCGUUCUGUCCCAAUCACUACCUUUGAGCGACUUCUCUCGUUUGCAAAUCACGGCUAGCGCUCCCGACAAGAGGGUUAACGAAUUCGUUGGUACCAUCGAGUUGGGCUCACCCACUGGCUUUUACGAUGCUCAUGUUGAUAAGUCAUCUGGCCCUCAACCAAACGACGGAAGGACGCCUGGCGAGAGUCAAUCCGUCCCUUCAGCGCCUUUGACUAUUGACAACACUGCUUGGGCUAAUACCGUUCUUGCUUCCAACACCACCACCUACGCUGUGAUUAUCUACACGGGAUCACAAACCCGCGCCGCCCUAUCAACUUCUGCUUCCCGUUCGAAGGUCGGUUUGUUAGAAUACGAGAUCAACAACCUCACUAAGAUCCUUUGCGUCCUCACACUCACACUUUCUAUCGUUCUUGUCGGCCUGGAAGGUUUCCAGCCUACAAACGACAAGAAAUGGUAUGUCGCUAUCAUGAUAUAUCUCAUCCUCUUCUCAACUAUCAUACCCAUGAGCUUGCGGGUCAACCUGGAUAUGGCCAAGUCGGUUUACGGGCGAUUUAUCCAAAAGGACAAAGACAUCCCGGGUACAGUGGUCCGUACCAGCACAAUCCCCGAGGAUUUAGGGAGAAUUGAAUACCUCCUCUCUGAUAAAACGGGAACGUUGACGCAAAAUGAGAUGGAGCUGAAGAAAAUACACGUCGGCACUGUAUCAUACGCCAAUGAGGCCAUGGAUGAAGUGGCUUCAUUUAUUCGUCAAAGCUUUGCGGGCAAUGGCUUGACUACCCCGUCAACGCCGUAUGGAACUCAAACAGGCCAGGCCACGGCUCCGCGCACAAGGCGGGAGAUCGGCUCCCGCGUGCGGGAUAUCAUUCUAGCCCUUGCUCUGUGUCACAACGUCACACCAACCACCGAGGAGGAAGAUGGCCAGAAAGUAACAAGUUACCAAGCGUCGUCCCCAGAUGAAAUUGCCAUCGUCCGGUACACUGAAGAGGUUGGACUCAAGUUGUCUUAUCGAGACAGACAAAGUAUUGUCCUGGAAUCUACCGACUCCAAGCAAGUCGUCGUUCGCGUUCGCAUUCUGGACAUCUUCCCGUUCACUUCUGACAGCAAGCGGAUGGGUAUUAUCGUGCAAUUUCAGCAAGAUAACAGAGUGCUUGAGACACCCGGUCAAGACGACAGCGAGAUUUGGUUUUAUCAAAAGGGGUGCAGACACUGUUAUGUCGUCUAUUGUGGCGACAAAUGA